AUGUCUCAGGCUGUGCAGACGAAUGGAACUCAACCAUUAAGCCAAAAAUGGGAACUCAGUUUAUAUGAAUUACAACGAAUACCUCAGGAGGCAAUAACAGAUGGCUUGGAAACUGUGGUUUCACCUCGAAGUCUACACAGUGAAUUGAUGUGCCCAAUUUGUUUGGAUAUGUUGAAGAACACCAUGACUACAAAGGAGUGUUUAUACCGUUUUUGUGCAGAUUGCAUUAUCACAGCCCUCAGAAGUGGCAAUAAAGAAUGUCCAACAUGUUGGAAAAAGCUAGUUUCCAAAAGAUCACUAAGGCCAGAUCUGAACUUUGAUGCACUCAUCGGCAAAAUUUAUCCAAGUCGUGAUGAGUAUGAAGCUCAUCAAGAGAGAGUAUUAGCCAGGAUCAAUAAGCACAAUAAUCAGCAAGUACUAAGUCACAGCAUUGAAGAAGGACUGAAGAUAUAG